CCGAUAGGUAUAAAUACUGCUAGAUUAGUGGUUUCACUGUUUAGAGACACUUACAUGAUAGUAGUCAAGUGUUCUACAAAAUGAAGACUUUAUUUUUCUUGUUUACUUGUUUUUCUGUGUAUAUAUGUGCCUAUGGAGGAAAUACGGCGCCGUUCAUAACACCAUGUCGGCAAUCGGAUAGCAGUUGCCUGAAGACAACUGCCCAAAAGGCGGUGCCUGUACUAGCUGCGGGGUACGCCGACCUUCAAAUGAUUUCAAUGGACCCGAUGCACAUCAGUCGGAUCAAGUCUAACCAAGCUGGACUCCAAAUGGACUUCAAGAAUAGCGUCGUCAAAGGACUGCGGAAGUGCAUCGUACUGGAUUUAACACGCAAAGACAACAAGAUAAAGAUCAAGACCAAGUGUUCAGCGGUACUGAUUGGGGACUACAAGCUUAACGGCAAACUGCUCAUCAUGCCCAUCGAGGGAAGCGGCAAAUACAAGAUCAAGAUAACCGACAUCAUAGUGGACUUUUCAUUCGAAAUGGGAGAGCGCCGAUCUGCCGGAGACGUAUACUGGGUCUUCCAAAACUGGAGAUACAACCAGCAGGUGGACGGAAAUGUACGCUUUCACUUCCAGAAUCUCUUCAACGGCAAUAAGGAACUUUCGGAUUCGAUACACGAGUUCGCCAACAGCAACUGGAAAGACAUCUUCAAUGAGUUGUCCCAGCCGAUCAUGGACGCGGUGAUGAAGAAAAUAGUCGCUGAGAUACGAAAACUCUUCGACAAGGUGCCUCUGAAGGAGCUCGUCUUGGAUUAAGACCAAAGAUUGCUCGGAGGCUUAACAGAAAUUAGUAACUAAGAGGUUAACUAACUCGAAAUUUAGCGUAAUUUAAUAAUUAUAACGAAUCUGCCUGAAAUUGUUUCGUAUUUAUAAUAUUAAAUUUAUAUUCUGCGAAGUU